AUACUUGAUCUCCUGAUAUGGCGAGUCUCCAGCUACAGCUGCCACAAUUGUCUUGGGCAUUAUUUCUCCUCUAAGUGAAGUGGGCAACGGACGGCAGGUGGGCCAGCUCGGGUAGAGAACUCUCUCUGGCACGCACAAGCCGGGCGCAUGCCCUUUUCGCCCCCACUCCCGCCGUCUUCCCGAUAGAGUAGAAGCGACGCGGUUCGUCCGCGCGCUUCGGAGUUGGAGGGCGGCGCCCAGGACUCUGGUGGGAGAGUGUCGGCACCGCGCGCGCGAGGAAGCGCGGGAGGCGGCAGUGGCUGGCGGUCGAGGAGCCCGGCUCGCAGAACCUCAGCUCGAGGAGCUAGGGGAGCACGGCGCUGGGUGCAGGCAUAGCGUCUCCGGAGCCGACGGCCGGCGUGCGGACAGAGCCAUGGUUCGUCCUCCUAACCCGCGACCACUGGCGCCCUUAUUCCUGCUGCUGCUGCUACCGCUGCCGCUUGGAGCCGCAGACCCUCUCCCUAUAGAGGGCCGGCUCAUGAACAGCUGUAUUCAGGCCAGGAGGAAGUGCCAGGCCGAUCCUGUUUGCAGUGCUGCCUACCACCACCUGAAUUCCUGCACCUCUAGUAUAAGCACCCCGUCACCCACACAGGAACUUUUGGUCCCUGAGGACUGCAGGGAGGCAGCAAAGCACCUCAGGAAUAGCUCUCUGAUGAGCUGCACAUGCCAUCGGCGCAUGAAGAACCAAGUUGCCUGCCUGGACAUUUACUGGACCAUUCACCUUGCCCGCAGCUUUGGUGACUAUGAACUGGAUGUCUCCCCCUAUGAAGACACCGUGACCCGAGAACCCUGGAAAAUGAAUCUCCGCAAACUGAACAUGCUCAAACCAGACUCAGACCUCUGCCUCAAGUUUGCCAUGCUAUGUACUCUUAAUGAUAAGUGUGAUCGGCUGCGCAAGGCCUAUGGGGAAGCGUGCUCGGGAUCCCGCUGCCAGCGCCACACCUGCCUCCGUCAGCUCCGCGCCUUCUUCGAGAAGGCUUCGGAGCCCCACGCUCAGGGCCUCCUGUUGUGCCCCUGCGCACCGGCCGACCAGGGCUGCGGGCAACGCCGGCGCAACACCAUCGCUCCCAGCUGCGCUCUGCCGUCUGGGGCCCCCAACUGCCUGGAGCUACAGAGCCUCUGCGUCGCUGACCCGCUGUGCAGAUCUCGCCUGGUGGAUUUCCAGACCCACUGCCAUCCUUUGGACAUCCUAGGGACCUGUGCAACAGAGCAGUCCAGAUGUCUGCGAGCAUACAUGGGGCUGAUUGGGACUGCCAUGACUCCCAACUUUGUCAGCAAUGUCAACAUCAGUGUUGCCUUAAGCUGCACCUGUCGAGGCAGUGGCAACCGGCAGGAAGAGUGUGAACAGCUGGAAGAGUCCUUCUCCCACAACUCCUGCCUCAUGGAGGCCAUUGCAGCUAAGAUGCGUUUUCACAGCCAACUCUUCUCCCAGGACUGGGCAGACUCUACCUUUUCCGUGAAGGAACGCCAGAGGCAGUCUGAAUUCCAGUCUCCAAUCAGAAAUUAUCAGAUGCAGAAGGAAUCUUGGAAGUCAUCUUGCACAACGCUAUCAUUUUACAAGGGGGAAAACUGAAGCCCAGUGGGGAGAAGGAGUGGGAAAGGGGAGAUUUUCUCAGAUAUGUUUAGAUCAAGGUGGAUUUCAGCUCUUCUGGAUCUCCAAUCUGGGCUGUCUCUAGAUGACAGCCAUCAAAGGGGGGAAGAGGUUUGACCUAGCAAUGCGGAGUCUUGCUUUCUUUACCUCUGCAUGGCUGAAUGACUCCUAACCCAUGCUGUGUGUCCUCUCAUAGAAAUGGCAGUGCCUACUAGGUGUACCUAUCUCUCAUUGCCAUAACAAGUCUCUAAAGUAGGUCUUGUUAUCAUUUAAAAAAAGAGAUAGGUCUACUUCAUGGGAUUCAAUAAGAUAACAUUUGAAAAUGAUUUGUAAAUGGUAAACCAUACACAUAAGAUGAAUUAAUAAUUUCUUAUCAUUAUGGAAUGUAGUGGAAGAAUAUGAGUUUUAGUUAGACAGAACUUGUUGCCUCACAUAUGUUGCCUGGGCCUCUAUUUCUGCUCUGUAAAAUAGGGGUAAUGAUACCUGCUUCACAGGGUUGUCACAAAGAUUGGUGAUCAGAUAUGUAAAGAGACUAGCCAAGUGUUCAAGAAUACCUUACAUUUGGGGCCCCUGGCUGGCUCAGUCAGUGGAUCAUGCAACUCUUGAUCUCAGGGUUGUGAGUUCAAGUCCCACAAUGAGUAUAGAGAUUACUUAAGAAAAAAAACACUUAAAAAAAAAAGAAUGUUACAUUUAUAUUACAUUUCUCCAAAACUUAUUAUGUUAAAAAUUUCUCUAAAUAUAUUAUGGGGACUAUCUCUUUCAUUUAUUACCCCAAGUGAAUAGCAGAAAUUAUUGUUAUAAUCCUUAUUUGAUGGCAUGGAAUAAAUGAUAUAAUAAUAAAUGA